AACAACAUUACUGAAGAGGCUGCCAGAAUCCAAAGCUUCCUUAGAAAAUACCCUUUUUUUUGCUUAACUAAAUUUUGUGCUCACCACACAGGAACAGGCCCUCACAUUGUCUGCUGACCUUUCACAUUUCCACACUGGCUGGGAGGGAUUGUGAGUUUUUUCCGUUCUUUGUUGAGAGCCUCCCCCCACCCCUAGUUUCUAACUUGAAGGCAGUUCAAAGGGGUUUCUCUGAGUCCUUCAGACUGAGCACGGGGAAGCUCAAGUGGAUAUUAGCCUGUGAGAGAGAAAACCAUGGCAGGGAAGCUGUGUGUGUUUAUCUGCUUCACUGGCCUGAUAUACCUGGUAACUCCAUCAGCAAGCAGAUAUCAUUAUGAUGCUGGAUUAUCCCCCAUAGGUGCCAAACUGGAGGUGCAUGGGGUAUCCUCAUACCCUCACGGACUUCCUGGUCACACUGAUAAGUUGGACAGCAAAGGUGUUUUGGAUCAGGGCUUAACUGAUGUACCAAGUACUGUUCCGUCAGAAGGCAGUAAAGCAGAUGUCCAUGAUGCCAAAGAGCCUUACCCAACAAACGGAAACCGAUGUCCAUAUGUUCAUUCAAGAAUCGUGUCAUUUGCACACCUUUGUAAAACAGAGAAGUAUGUUAUAAGGUCCCAAACCAACUGCCCACCUGAUACACCAGACUGCCAAAGAAUUAUGUACCGACUUGCUCAGAAACCAGUGUAUGAAACUAAAAGGAAAGAAGUAACCAGUUUAGAAUGGAAAUGUUGCCCUGGGUAUGUUGGUACCAACUGUGAGGUCAUUGAUCCCAAUUCAAUUCAGAUUCCUGAAUCACAAGCAGCAAGGUCUGAGACUGAACGGGAACCUUUGCUAAACCCAGAGGUAUCUCAGAUUAUGCAGUCAAUAGAAAAACAAGAAACACUUCUUGAGGAUAUCCAAAAUGACAUUCAUCAGGCAACAGGCAACCUUCUGGAUUUACAGAAUGCACUAGAAAAAAACAUCAGUCUUUCAUCAAACAUGAAUCAAACUAAGUCAGAUACUGAGGAUCGUCUGCUUAGAGACGUAUUUCUACCGUAUGUGGAAAACUUCCUGCGGGAGCAGUUUAAUCCAAUGUGGGAUAGUUUUAACAAAAGCUUACAAAAUCUUUCAGACAUGGUAAAUAACCUCUCAGAAAAUGUUGAAUCAAACCGGAAGAGAAUGGAUAUGUUUCUGGAGAAUACAUUACCAAAAAAAGAUCUUCAUGAGCUAGGCACAAAGUUUGAGUCAAAAAUCCAGGAAAAUAUUGUUAAACUUGAUCACAUGAAGCAUGAAUUGUACAACCAAUUGCAUUUUCAGCAGACUGGAAUUCACUAUAAUUUUACUGUGAUAAAGGCAGACACAGACAUGAAACUUAAGCGAAGUCAAAAAUUGCAACAGUCUCAGUUUGCACACUUGAACAUAAGCAUGGAUGAACUCAGGAGGGGACAAGACCAAAUUCAAGAUCAACUUCAGUCUCUAGCUCAAAAUAUUUCCGAGUUGUCGGUGUCUUGUCGUACUGGAGGAGAAGAAACAACACAGAUUACCUCUGAACAAAUUAAUCAGACUCUCACAGAAUACAAAGGGCAAAUUAGGGACUUAUACACUGAAUCAGAUGCAGCAUUUGAGAACCUUUCUACUUUGGAGAAAUGGUUUAAAGAACUACGAACCGAAUUUAAAAAGAAUGCUCACGAAGUUCAAAUUUCCUUGAUGGAGAAAAGUCUUAUUAUGGAAGAGAAUAAGGACAUUCUUUUGAAGCAGAUAAUAGAACUAAAUUCUACAAUAGGAAGUUUACAGGGGGGAAAUGAUGAUUUGUGGAAAGAUUGUGACUGCCAAAAAAUAACAAUGGAUAUUCUCACUCUUGAAGAAGGUCAAAAUAAUCUUUCCAGCUUACUUAAGAAUGUUUCAUAUGGAAUAGAAGAUGUCAAAGAAAAAGAAGGGUCUUCAAAGACUUCAUUGCAGAAUUCUGUUGAGGACCUCUCUUUAGCUCUUCAUCUUAACCGUCAGUCUCUAUCUGCCCAACAGGAACAAGGGAGAACCCUAGCACGCAUUACUUCUCAACUGGAAUCCCGAUCUAAGAACUUUUCAGAAGAUGUUGAAUUUCUCAAGAAAGAUAAUGACGUGAUAAACAACCAUAUCAAACUUCUUGACAGUACAUUUAGUUCACUUUUGGAGGAUGCCACUAGACACGAUAGAGCUCUACAAGCUUUACUUGGUGAGGAUGUUUUAGAGGUCAUGUCUGAAGAUGAUCCUGUAGUGUUACAAAUGUCACUAUUAGAGAUAUAUGACGUGGUCAAUGAAACACGUCACAGACUUGAAAACCAACAGCUGAUUACAGAUUUACUCAAUAGCAGAUUACAGGUUCUUGAGAUACAGCCUCAGAAAAGAGACUCGCCUGACAUUUCUACAAUCUUUAAUGUUGAGCAGCAAACAGAAGGCAUUCCAAAUUAUGGUCAUUUCAGUGAUUUCAAACAACCAAACAGCGAUGAUCAUUUAGAUGAAUCAAUGUACAGUGAUAUUGCGAUCUUGAAAAAUGACAUAAGAAAUCUAAACGUAAAGUUAACAGCCAUAGAAUCUCAAGUCACUGAAGGAAAUUAUUGCAUUAAUGAUACUAUAGUUAAUGUUUUAAAACCAUAUAAUAUCUCCUUGGGAUCCAUGAGGUCAGAUGUUUUCACACUGAGAGAGCUUUUUACAGAUCAUGUACAAACCUUCCAGAAGAUAUUUAGCAAUUAUGAAACAUUGAUUGCAACCAAUACAACUUUAAAUGUUGCAAAGAUUCAAGCUUUUGUUGAUAAGAAAAUGAAAAAGAAACAGAAUGAAGGAGUGAUCCAAAAGACCAAAAAGGAAUUAGAGCAUCACUGGCAGUCCGAUGGAGCAAGAAGACUUGCAGUGAAACAUGAUUCUUCAGUUGCAUUUGCUGCUGGUUUUACCGAAGGAGCAGAGGGAGUCAAGAUCAUAUCCUUCAACAAAAUUUUCCUCAACUAUGGGAAUGUGUUAUCCCCAGAAGACGGGGUUUUCUAUGCCCCAUAUAAUGGAGUUUAUGCUUUUUCAAUUACUGUGGACUUCAGUCCUGGAAAUGCCCUGAGUUAUUUAAUAUUAGGAGGGCGACAAAAAGUUAUUCUUUACAACAGCAGCAAAGAAGAAAAUGAAAGCGUAAAAGACAGUUUUGUGGUGGUGGAGCUUCAGAAGGAUGAUAAAGUAUGGCUUGAACUUCUUCAAGGUUCUAUUAAGAAGAAUUCUUCUGGCACCCUUCUUGCUGGUUACUUGAUUUUCAAAACGUGAACUUAAUAUGCUAGAAGACUUUGCAAAUAUGUUCAAAAAUAGCUCAAAGUGAUGCUGAUUAACAAUACAGUUUAAGAAAGUAUAUAUCAAAAUUCUUUGUCCUACCAGAUUAUAUCAUGCGUGGUAGUGUCUUAGUGAUUGCUUUCAUGGAUCACACUGCAAGCUAUUUUUACAACCUCACCUUCUUUUGGUAGUACAUGUAUGGGACCUGUUAUCCAGAAUGCUCGGGACCUGGGGUUUUCUGGAAAAUGGAUCUUUCCGUAG